AAUUCCAAACCACUCUAUUUCUCUUUCAUUUUCUCUUUCUCUCUCUCUCUCUCUCUUUCUCUUUUGCUAAAGUUCGUGUUCAAUGGCGGAGGAGACGCAGGCGAAGCCCACAGAGGAGGUUGUAGCGGUACCACCAGCGCCGGAGAAGAUGGCUGAACAAGCACCUGCUCAGCAGGAGGAGCCGGCUGAACUGGCACCGGUUCAGGAGGAGCCAGCCGGAGAAUCGUCGGCGGUGGUGAUAGAACAGUCGAUGUCUUUCAAGGAAGAGAGCAAUGUCGUUGCUGACCUUAAAGACAAUGAGAAGAAGGCCCUCGAGGAGCUCAAGCAGCUCAUCCACGCUGCCCUCGCCGCCAACGAGUUUGCCCCGCCACCGCCACCGCCACCGCCACCGCCCGCCGGUCCCAAGGAGAAGGUCAAGACUGGAGGGCACGCUGCUGAGGUCGUGGAAGAGAAGACCGUCGAAGCUAUUGAGGAAACCAUCGUCCCCGUCGUUGCUUCGUUGGCUGAGGAUCCGGCGCCACCGACUGCCGUUGACGAGAAGGGCGCAGUGGCUAUCGAGGAAACAACCAUCCCCGUCGACGCGCCGGCCGGCGGCGACAAGAUUGAGGUAAAUCCUGAUCUGGCUCUUGAACAAAUGGUAGGUGCUUCGGCUUCGACUUCGGCUCCUGCUCCGGCUCCGGCUUCGGCUUCGGAUCCGGCUCCUGUCAUCACUGGAACCGCAACGGAAGAGGUGUUCAUCUGGGGCGUGCCGCUGCUGGGUGACGAGAAGAGUGACACUGUUCUGCUGAAAUUCCUGCGAGCCCGUGACUUCAAGGCCAAGGAUGCCCUUGCCAUGAUCAAGAACACUGUGAUCUGGAGGAAAACUUUUGGGAUUGAAUCUCUCCUUCAUGAAAAUCUUGAAUUCCCGGAAAUGGAGAAAGUUGUGUUCAUGCAUGGUUUUGAUAAAGAGGGGCAUCCUGUUUGCUACAAUGUCUAUGGGGAGUUUCAGGAUAAGGACUUGUAUGCAAAGGCAUUUGGAGAUGAUGAGAAGAGGAUGAAGUUUCUGAAGUGGAGAAUUCAGUUCCUGGAGAAGGGGAUCAGGCAGCAAUUGGAUUUUAGUCCUGGUAAGGUGUGUACCAUGGUGCAGGUCACUGAUUUGAAGAACUCUCCGGGGCCUGCAAAGCGUGAGCUCCGGCAGGCUACCGAUCAGGCACUGACUUUGCUUCAGGACAAUUUCCCUGAGUUUGCGGCUAAGCAGGUAUUCAUCCAUGUUCCAUGGUGGUACCUGGCAUUCAAUAGGAUGAUCAGCCCAUUCUUGACUCAGAGGACUAAGAGCAAGUUCGUUUUUGCUGGGCCAUCCAAAUCUGCUGAAACCCUGUUCAAAUACAUAGCUCCUGAACAAGUCCCAGUUCAAUAUGGAGGCCUCAGCAAGGAAAACAAUCCAGAUUUCACCACUGCUGAUACUGUUACUGAGAUGACCAUCAAACCAUCAUCUAAGCAAACUGUUGAAAUACCUGUUACUGAGACAUGCACCCUGGUUUGGGAGCUCCGCGUGCUUGGUUGGGAUGUUACCUAUGUUGAAGAGUUUGUCCCCAGUGCCGAGGAUAGUUACACUGUGAUCGUGCGGAAGGAAAGGAAAAUGAUCGCAACUGAUGAGCCUGUUGUCAAGAACUUCUUCAAGAUCGGGGAACCUGGCAAAAUUGUCCUGACCAUCGACAACAACACCUCUAAGAAGAAGAAGCUCCUCUAUAGGUACAAAGUCAAGACCACCACCAAAGCCACCUGAAACUGGACCUCUUUAUGAGCUCCUUCCUGAAUAAUUAGAAUCAGCUUUCUUCUAGUUUGAUAGAGGUUGACAUUUGUUUGUUCUUUAUUUCGUGUAUUAAUUAUAUUGUUUUAUUUGAAGUCAGUUGUUGAUCUUUGUUUCAGAGGCAUGGUUCUUGAGGGGUUUGUUCCUUAGUGUUACCCUGUAAAUUCUCUUUGUACAUUUGACCCUUUGUGGAGUUUCUUAUAUCAUUUGUUUCCAUAGACAAGUA